UAUCAAAUGAAAGAUAAUUGAAUGGACUAUAUGUUUGUAAACUUAAUUCUUCAGUUUAACUAAAAUAAACUACCACAAAUGACACCCGAAUAGCACUGAGUCUAAAGGAGAUGCGUUUCCGGUUCCAUUUUGUCUAAAUACUAUUCGAAUGUCAUUAAUUUGUGGUAGUUUAUUUUAGUUAAACUUAAGAAGUACAAAUCCUACAAUAAUUUUAAAAUAUUUUUCAAUGAACCCAAACUCUAACUUCUCGGACCCAGUUCCGAAUAGCCGCAGCCAUUGAAGGCAGAAGGUGGGGAGCAGUGCAUCGAUAAACGCCAAAAGUAGGCAUAUUGAUAGUGGCAAUCGGCGCCAGCUCUGAAUCCCGUGCUACCACCUACAUAAGUUAAUAAAUAUCAUUAGUAUUUUAGCCUAACUUAAUCAAUGUUAUGUUAUUAAUAAUUCAUCCCAGUUUUGGCACCCUGGGGCUAUAAUGCCAUGCCUUUGACUUUGAUUGGAUUGGUACCACCUUAGUCUUAGUCUUAGUUUCGCCUCUGGAUUCUAUAUUAAGUUAUAAGUAAAAUAUAGUCCAACUACUUUUAUAACAUGAAAGUGAAAUACUUUUUCUUUCGGUUUAAGAACAUAUCACUAUAAUAAUAACAUCCACAUGUGAAUGUUUAUUUGAAAAUGAAUAGAUACAAAGACAAAGGUGCAAUAAGUGUAAUUAUUAUCCCUUUGAUUUUGGGGGUUUGGGGACUGGAGAUGAAAGUGAAAGUAAGGGUAAAGUUAUACAGGUCUGUGCAAUAUGAAUACCUAACUUCAGUUUUGCACCAAUAGACAAUAGAGAAACAGAAAAGAUGCUUGAAGAUUUAGGUUGUUUUUAUAGUAAUAUAAAUAAAAUAAAUCCUUUUUAAUAAUUGUUACUUUUAAUAGUAAUCUUGUAUUAUAAUUUGUAUUUAAACUAUUUAUUUAUUUUACCUAAUUCAUCAAUGUAAUAAUACAAGUAAUAUUAAAAGAAAAUGAAACAAAACGUUAAUAAUUAGCUGCCUUCCUUCAUUGAUUAGAAAUUUAAAUAUUACCAAAUUUACUACAAUGAAUGUUGUCUAAAUAAAUGAUUGGGUCUAAAUAUCAUUUAUUGCUAUCUAAAAUGAGUCAUUAUUAUUUUUUUUAAAGUGUAGUCCUUUAUGUGUGGCAUGAUUAUAUUAAGAAGAUAAAUGACAAAUCCAUUAACCAGUGGCAUAGAAGGGGGUGUGGAGGAGGCAGCCUGCCCUAGGCGGUCCUUUUUUCCUUAUAACCUUAGCUAUGCCACUGAAAUGAAAAUAUAGUCUUUUAAAAAAGGUGUCCAUAUAUAUUAUUUAUUUUCUAAAUCUCUAGAUUUAAAUAAACUGACAAAGUAAAAGAAACUUUAAACAAAAAUAAAUGUCAAAAAGUAAUAAAGGGAAUAGAUUUAAAAAUCGUAAACUAGUUCACAUGUGUCACAAAACUGUUCUUUCAACUUUCUAGUUUAUACUACAGUGGUGGACUCGGUCUAAAAGUAUUGAGUGCCAGGCAGGAUGCAAAGAGGUCCAACUCACUAUUAGACUAUCAUUUUAUUUUUAUAUAAAAAUUAAAUAUUAACAAAUACAUAAGUGGAGGGGGCCAACCUGACAACCUUGGCAGUCUACCAGUGAGUACACAGGGCAGUCUACCAGUGAGUACACAGGGCAGUCUACCAGUGAGUACACAGGGCAGUCUACCAGUGAGUACACAGGGCAGUCUACCAGUGAGUACACAGGGCAGUCUACCAGUGAGUACACAGGGCAGUCUACCAGUGAGUACACAGGGCAGUCUACCAGUGAGUACACAGGGCAGUCUACCAGUGAGUACACAGGGCAGUCUACCAGUGAGUACACAGGGCAGUCUACCAGUGAGUACACAGGGCAGUCUACCAGUGAGUACACAGGGCAGUCUACCAGUGAGUACACAGUAACAAUACCAGUACUCAAAUAUCUAAUGUUCAUAUUUGAAUUAAACUCCAUUCAAUUAAUGUUCCAGAUAUAAAAAUGAGUCUUAACAUAUAUUUCUCUGGAAGCAUGAGAGGGGGACGCCAGGAUGUGGACAUAUACUACACAAUAAUAGAGCAGCUUCGAAACUAUGGGAAAAUUUUGACAGAGUUUGUAGCUGAUAAGAAUGAAACAUAUGAAAAAGGUUUGUAAAAAUGUGCAAAUAAUUUUUAAAAAAAAUUUACUGGUGUGCUCAAUAUCCUACCAGUGAAUACCAGGACAAAUUGUCUAUCAUUGUGCUCAUGGUUUAUGAUUGUACCAGUAAACUUCUUCUUCUUCCACAAAGGUCUCAUUUUUCUCAAAAGCAAUACUCACUAAUGAGAUUUUAAAAAAAAAUAUUUAAAAAAAAACACUCAAACUGUUCCAUGAGAGUGAUGGAUUCCCCAUGUUAUUUCAACAUUGUCAAAUUUCUGACUCUUUGUAAUGCUGACAGUGGUAAAGAAAAACUUUUUUAUCCAGUCAUUAUUUUACUUUGUUGAUCAGUUGAUGACAAAACUAUCCACGACAAAGAUGUUAGCAUGUUGGAGGAAAGCCAUUGUAAGUAUAUAAAGCUUGGGGCUGUGUGAGUAUUUCUGCUACCUGCUUAAUCCUCUGAAGCAACUCAUGCCAGUAGCGGUUUCAGGCAGCAUCCAUUUUCCUCAAUCAAAUUGAUAAAGAGUGGUUCCUUUUUCCAAAGUUUUUGCCAUAGUAAAAGGUAACUUUUUUUGCCAUAGUAAAAGGUAACUUUUUGUUGUCAUAGUAAAAGGUAACUUUUUGUUGCCAUAGUAAAAGGUAACUUUUUGCCAUAGUAAAAGGUAACUUUUUUGCCACUGUAAAAGGUAACUUUUUUGCCAUAGUAAAAGGUAACUUUUUUGCCAUAGUAAAAGGUAACGUUUUUGCCAAAGUAAAAGGUAACUUAAAAAAAAUAUAUAUAUAUAAAUCUCUCAUUUUCCUUACAUAAAUUGCCUAAAAAUAUGUUAAGUUUACCUCAAUUAAAAAUAUGUUAUCCCUAUUAAGUUUACUAAAGAUGCUGCCAGUUUUGUGAAUUCAUGAAAUUUUUUUUCUACUUCAAACCAACCCCCCCCCCCCCCCCCCCCCCNCCCCCCCCAAAAAAAAAUCAAAUCACUUCACUAUUUCUUGUAGGUAUUGUUGCUGAAGUAACCCAGCCCUCCCUUGGAGUUGGUUAUGAGAUAGGAAGGGCAGUGGCCAUGAAAAAACCCAUCCUUUGUCUUUACAGGCCGCAGGAAGGAAGAUGUAAGUUUAAUGACUUAAUAAAAAAACUAUAUCAGUUUUUCUUUUUAUUUAGAAAAUGGAAAUAUAUGAUGGGAAUAUUUUAAUCAAGUUUAGAAUCUACUUAACAGCCAGAUCUGAGCAUAAUGUUUUUUAAGUAUUGUUGCUUAGGUAACAAAAUAAAGAUCAACUCAUAAGAGGAUUGGCUGUUCUAAGAACAGCCUCAAAGUCAACAACAUGAAUAUUCGGCAGGUGUCGUACCUGUACUACCCCGUUCAAGUGGACAGACGAAGAACAAACUUUUUAGUGUAGUAAUUUUAAGAGUAGAAAAGAAACAGUGUAUAUAAAAAUAAAAUAUAGAAAGUGUUAUCUUUGUUCCUAUGAUUGAAUUUGGCUUGGACUCUAAAGAUAGUACCAGUAAUGUGGUGGUUGAUGUUUAAUACUGGUGGUAAACAUGGUGAUGGCAGUCAACUUGUAAAACUUUAUUGAUGAUGAUCUUCUGAUACAAGUUUUUAUAGAAGUUAUUUAAUCGAUUUUGAUUCUAAUCCAUUUUACGCUUAAUGCAUUUUUUUUUUUUUAAAAAGAUCAUGAAUAAUCAUAAUGUCUGUAGCCCACUUGUCUUCAGUUGUGUAUUUUAAUCCCAGCAUUUUUUUCCCAAGAUGGCGAUGCCAAUAUGAUUUAGUUGAUGCCUUCAAGGUCCAGAAGUAACAUCUAAGCAAUGUUCCUCAUGAUAAACACAAGAUUAGCAGUUCAAUGCACAUUCAACAAAUUCAAAACACUUUGAUUCAAAAUGAAACAUACAAAAUCUCAAAAACUAUUUAAAAAAUUUGGAAAAAAAGCACAAAUGCAAUCCUAUCACCGGCAGUGCAGCGCCCAGGUUGUUCUCUCAUUACACUUUCCUCUUGUUCUCUGUGGUUGUGUUGAUGGUAUCUUUUUUUUUCUUCUUUAAAUUCAUUUACCAUGAAAUAAAAUAUGUGUCUUUUAGUUAAACUUCUCCCCUUACCCAUUCCAAGAAACAAAUGAGUUAUAAAUAGAAUUAUUAAAGAAGUGUCAUCGUAUUUUUUAGUAUUCACCUUUUGGUCCAACAAAAUUGUUAAUGAAAAAUUGAAAUAGCAUAUUAUUCACCUUUUGGUCCAAUUCAAUUUUUUAUGAAACAUUGAGAUAACAAUCAUUUUAUUCAAAUUUCGGUCGCAAUGAACUGCACAACUUGUCACAGGGGAUUUUAUAAUUGUCAGUGGUGCAUGAUCUUUAGUUUGAUUUGAAAAUGACCUGUUACUGAGCGAAAACGUGUAAUAGAAUGGGGUGAUGCUUUGUUAAAAAUUAAAAAAAAAAUUCAAACUAAACUUUAAUUAAAAAAACCCACCUAAUUUUGAAUUGAUUUGCCCUCCAUAUUAUUAUUUGAUAACCUAAAGAAUGCCAGUGACACCUUUGGAUUGCAUAUGCAGCUGGUAUUUUUUUUGAAGUCACUUUCUUUUCAAGAGUUUGUACUUGUACCCUAAAGUUAUUUAAAAAUUAUUUAAAAAAAAAAUUAAUGACUUAUUAUUGUUUCCCCAGUACUCUCUGGCAUGAUACGAGGUGCACACAAUGGAACCACUUUCAUAGUUAUUGACUACAAAGUUGUAUCAGAGGUUCCUGACAUUCUCAGCAAAUUUUUCAGCAACUUAACGUCAUCAUAAUAACCUCACAGUGCAUCUUGACCUAACACAGUUUUAUGCCUGCGCCACUCAUAGCACUUGAACAUGGUGGAACGAUUGUGUUGUCAAAAUGUUCAAAAUCAAUACGUUAAAAAAUAAUGUGCAACAUAAAAAGGGAGUCUGUUUUUAUGACAUGAAUUGUAUGUUAAGGGGACAUAGAUUGGAUGUAAAGGGGAUUUUCAAAUCUUUGAACAUUUCAUUUAACACAGAAGAUCUCGAAUAAAAAGUUUGAAUUUUUUCUGUAUUGCCUGGUUACUACUACACUAUGGAUGCAGAAUUAAAAACCAGUUUCCCCCAGACCCAGUAGAACUAUUUUCUGAAAUCUUUUGGCAGAGAGAUAUUUUUAAUUGGUGCGGCUUCCGAUAUUUUAACUGUGUUAACCACCUGUUUGGUGAUGCACAUUUUGAAAACAAAAAUCACCAGACGUAAUGCUGGGGUAAAACUUAAACUUUGCAGAGCCGCUUUCAAUUUCCAUGCUAAAAACAUGAGCCUUCAAUCCUUAUUUGUUGUUUCAAUCAUACUUUGUUACACUGUUAAAAAGUCAUUAAAAUAUAGGCCUAGAAUAAGUUAUAUAAUAAUAAUAAUAAUAACAUCUGUUCAGUUUGUCAGAUAGCUUUCAUUAUUUGGCUGUAUGCUUUUACACUAUAUUUUAUUAUUGUUCUUAAAAUUGAUGUUGUCAUAAUAAAGAUAUAAAUAAAAAAGUAAUUUUUUAAAAA